AUGGAGCAAGAGUCUCAAGUUCCCCCACAGAGAGAUGGAGACCCCUGCUUUAAAUUUUUGGUGGAGCCCCCAGAAGCCUCUGAAAUCCCCAUGGAAAUGGAGGCUCUGUUGAUAGGAAUUCUGGUGGUGGCCACAGGGACCCAGGCUCUGAACUUGAGGUUUCGGAGGGAUUGUAAUCAUCACCAUAGGUGCUGUUGCAGCAAGGAACAGGACCUUUCUGAGAUGUUGCUGAGCUGGAACAGUAUGCCCUCUGUACCCCUUGAAGUCUCCAGAAACUUGCAGCUCCCAAAUGUCAAGGUCCCUGAACCUGCCCAGUGUCGGGCCAGCCGGGAAGGGCCCCUCAAUUCAAGGGCCAUCUCUCCCUGGAGCUAUGAGUUGGACCGGGAUGAAAACCGGCUUCCCCAGGACUUGUAUCAUGCCCGCUGCCUGUGCCCUCAUUGCAUCAGCCUGAAUACAGGCCACAUGGACCACCGUGGGAACUCUGAGCUACUCUGGUACAACCAGACUGUCUUUUACCGGCGCCAGUGUCACGGUCACGGCGAGCAGCCGGGAAGUGACUGUUAUUACCUAGAGCGGAAGGUCUAUCCUGUCUCCUUUGCCUGCGUCUGUGUCCUGCCUCAGAUCAUGGCCUAGCCUGGGAGUCGGUGCCAGGAGACCCAGCUCCGUGCCUGGGGGAAUGCUGGAUGAGGACCAGUUUCUGGGUGUCAGGCUUUUCACCUGGAAACUUGGAGCGCAGGCAAAGAUAAUUGUGGUCAUUAGCACAACCGCCUUGUUCCAGGGCCAUGAGCCUGGUACUUCUGUACCUUCCCUUUGCCAGACCCACCUACUCACUAAACUCUCGAGGGAAGGUAACAGAAGAAAAGCCAGCUGGGUACUGAGCAUUUGCACUGGAAGGAGGGUUGGGGCACUCUGGGGUAAUUGGCAUUUUUCUGGGUGGGUAGCUGUGUAGAUGCUCCCUGCAGCCCCAGUGCUGGAAACCCUGCCCAGUGGUCUGACAGACAUCCGCUGGCUCUGGGGGAAGUAGCCUGAAGGAACAAGCCCUGACCAUGUCAAUCUUUGUCCCCCACCCCUAAGAACUCCCUUCCCUUUUCACCUCUCCCUGCUGUCCUAAAGUGUCCUGGUUCCUUCUCCAAAUCAACCAGCAUCUAUUAAGUGCUUAGCUACUGUACUAAACACUUUGAGAGCUGACUUGCUAUGCUAUAGAAUAACGAAUCUGGUCAUUUCUGGAGACAAAAUUCUGGUAGAACAU